GUCCUCACUGGCCAUACUUGUUCUCCUUCAAACAUAUUUUCAACUAAUGUUUUUAAUUCAUUUUAUCAUCAACCUUCACAGUUUACUAAUUGUUGUAUUCGGGUUUAUACACAUUUCAACUCUUCGUAUUCCAGCCAUUUUAUCCUCUAAUUAUUCCUGUUGAACAUUCAUUAUCAUAUUUUAAAUAAAAAGUCAAACCUCUUUUAAAUUUUAAGAUUUACUCAAUUGGUUUGCUACGUAAUCAAGACAAACAAACAAGCAACACAUAAUGUUUAGCUUGCAAGUAAAUACAUUGUUGAUUACAAUUACAUUUACACUCCAAGUCAUUUCUUGUUCACUAUGUCCUGAUGGCUGGCGAUUGAUCAAUCGGGAAACAUCUAAAUGUGUCCGCUAUUUUAAGGAUAAUGUUAAUUAUACUGAAGCUGAAUACAUUUGUCGUAACAUUUACGAAGGCCAUCUAAUUGUGAUUGAAUCAAAGCAAGAGCAACGUUCACUUGUACAAUACCUUUAUGGGGAAAUUGGUUUCACUAAAUCUCCUGUUACUUGGAUUGGCAUUAAACUUGAACCUCCUAACAAGUUAAUCACAGCUGACUCGUCAACAUCUAAAUAUACUAAUUUUGAUGCUGAACCAGUUGACUUUUCAUCUGAAAGGUGCAUGAAAAUAUUUUCAUUGGGAAUUAAAAAUGAAAAUUCUGAACAUGGCCUUUGGACACCAGAUAAUUGUGGUUACGGUGAUUCAGGUUUUGUCUGUCAAAAGUUGAUCAUUGACAGAGGCAGGGAAAUACCUCAAGGUGAUGAUCCUUUAGCAGGUAAAAAUGAAGUUGUAACAACUCAAUUCCUUUUGGACCAAUUCAAAGAACAAUUGACUUUAAUCAAAGAGAUUUGCGAAAGCCAGAUGAAAGCAAUUGAAAGGUUAAGCAGCAAUCACAUUUAUAUGCUUCAACAUGUUAAACAAGCAAAAGAUUUAUAAUUUUGCUUAAUCUUCUGGAUGUGAAAAAAGAUCUUGGAAUUCCAAUCAAGAAUUUAUUAAUGUAAAACAAUCACUAAAUGUUGAUGUUAUAGAAGUCAAUAUGUGGAUGUACAAGAAUCACCAUUCUGAUUGUUUCAAUUCAAGUGCAAUGACAUUUUCCUAAUAAACAAUCUCGACGUUUCUUUUUUGAA